AUGCUUUAGUAUCCCUAAACACCUUAAACCCAAUAAAUAAAGCCAUGUCAAGUUAGUUAAAGUAGCAGACCUUUAUAAACAAGACAAAGCAAUGUAAUACAAGACACCCGAAAAGAAAUAAACAUAGAAGAAGAACAAAGAAGAAUAUUAUAAGAACGAGAAUAAAUAAUAUCUUAAUUUUCCCAACAAUUACGAGAUCCGAGAACAGGUGCAUUAAAACCCGGAAUCUAAUAAAAAAAUUACGAUGAUGGUUCUAGAUUUGAAGGAUCUUUAAGAGGAGAUAUAAGAUAAGGAGCAGGAAUAUAUUUUUACCCAAAUGCGGAUGUAUAUGUUGGUGAAUGGUAAAAUGACUUAUUUCAUGGAGAAGGUUGUUAUAUAUUUUAAUCAGGCGAAAGAUAUUAAGGAUAACUUGUACAAGGAAGAAAAGAAGGAUAGGGAAUGUACAUAUAUACAAAUGGUAAUAGAUAUGAAGGGUCAUGGUUAAAUGAUAAAAAACAUGGUUAUGGAGUAUAUCAUUACGUAUCAUUAGGAGAAAGAUACGAAGGUGAAUGGGAAAACGGAGAAAAAUAAGGAGAAGGAAUAUAUUACUUCGCAUAUGGAGAUAGAUAUGAAGGAUAAUGGCAUAAAAAUAUGAAAAAUGGAAAGGGAGCUCUCUUCUAUGCUUCAGGAGCUGAAUAUGAUGGCGAAUGGAUAAAUGAUAAAGUACAUGGAUACGGAGUUAUGGUUUGCUAAAAUAGAGAUAGAUAUGAAGGUGAAUUUUUCGAAGGUUAAAAAUGUGGAAAUGGUGUUUACAUUCAUGUUGAUGGAUCUAGAUAUGAAGGUGAAUGGGCAAGUGAUGAUAAAAACGGUCAAGGUGUUUUAUAAUUCUCUAACGGAGAUAUUUAUUAAGGAUCCUUUGUGGACGGAGAAAGAAAUGGACCUGGUAUUUAUUAAUAUGCAAACGGUGAUAUUUAUGAUGGUAAUUUGCUUAAUGGAAGAAAAAAUGGCACUGGUACUUAUACUUUUGCUAACGGAGAUUCUUAUGAAGGAUAUUUUGUAAAUGGAUUAAGAUAAGGAAAAGGUAUUUAUACAUGGUCUGAUAAAUCUUAUUAUAAAGGAGAUUGGGAAUAGGAUAGAAUGAAUGGUAGAGGUAUAUAUUGUAGUUCUGAUGGAAAGUAAGUGGAAGGAUAUUUCGAAAAUGAUAACUUUAUAAGACCUAUUUGAAAAUAAAAUAAAGUUCAAUAAAUUUAUAUAAAUAUUAAAGAUUAUAUAUAUAAAUCAUUUUUAUAU